UGACGUUUCGCCUGCAUCUGUGGCAUCUGGCAUCUUCGGAGAAAUAAUUAAACAAUAAUAAUGAUAAUAAAGACAUACAAAAAUUAAAAACAUCCCUAACAUGUACGCUCUAUAGAAAAGCCACCUUGCUGUGAUUAUAUAUUUAUGUAACAACAAUUUACAAUUUACAAGAAAAGCCCAUUAAAAUAAUCCAGAUAAAACAGUAUAAAAUUAACAUUUAUAAAUAAAAGUUGUCGGGUGCUUUCAAGGCAACUGAUGGUGACUCUAAAGGUGAAACUAUUGUAGGGUUUUCUUGGCAAGUUUCUUCAGAGGGGUUUUUGCCAUGGCCAUUCUCUGAGGCCGAGAGAGUGUGACUUGCCCAAAUUCACCCAGUGGGUUUGGAAAACUUUUGUUGGAGAACAUCCGCAGGGUCCAUCCACAUGUUUCUGGGAAGUUCCCAAGCAAAGCAAGAAGGUGAGAAGCGUGAAGUCGAAGGCUUUCAUGGCUGGCAUCCAUAGUUAUAGCCGCAUAGCCCGAAAAACCCACAAAAAACUAAGAAGCUUUUCCCUGCAGUGUCUGCCCAGAAGUUGGUUAUCCUGAGCUAGGCUGCUCCUGGAUGGGGAGGCUCUACCUAGGCAUCUUGACAGCUGAGGAGAGACAUAUUCCUCCAUGAGGUUGCUUUUCGGCUCCCUUUCCAAGCCAUCUGAACUAGUGGACAUCAUUACAAGCUCUUGUGGAUGUGAAUACCGUGCAGAGAACAGCAAGGAAGCAUCCAGGUGUGUAGGCAUGUUUCGGUGGCCACCAUGGCACUGACGUUGGAUGCUGUGUUGGGGAAUGCUGCCCCAGAAGAGAAGUAUUAGUGAUUCCUGCCUGAUGGUACAAUGUGGAAGAUGUUUGUUGUUUCAGAGGUUGGCAACCUUCACUGCAACACUCGGUGAUUGACAACAUGCAGGAAAACUAUGAGAAUGUGAUUUCAUUGGCGGAGGAGAUAGCAAUCAGUUGGCCCCGGAUAACUGCUUUUGCUGAGUCUCACAGAAGGAGAGGACUGGGGUCUGAUAUGGAGCCAGAACACGGCCGAGCAGAACAGGUCCAAAUUCAAGACUCUACAGCAGCUGGCUCAAGUGAAGGUGGGAUGAAUGCUGACCUCCGCCGGCAGUUAGGGCUCAUUCUACAGACUGCUGGCCGGAGCCAGGUGGAGAAGAUGUUGCGGGAGCUGGUGAAGGAGCAGAGCCAGGAAGGGAAGCGCAAAAUCCAGAAGAAGGAAGUGCCCAAGAGCCCCAAGGAUGAAGCUGCUAAGAAGAAUGAAGAGGAGCUGCAUUCUGAAGAGGAUGGGUCUGAGAAGGCAGAGCAGCUGGACUCUCCAUCAGGAAGAUCAGAGAGCCCAGAUGAGGGGGAAGCCAGUGCCAGCAAGUGCCAGCCUAGUUUACAGGAGGACCAACCACCACAAGGCCCAACUACAUGCCAGAGGGAAGGCAAGAUGCCUAAGAAGUUAAAAGAAAGGUGUGUAGGCCAGGCAGUGGUGGAAAGGCCUAGUGUAUGUGUCGAGUGUGGGAAGAAGACUGGGAGUGGUCCUGGGCGAGGCCACAGUGUACCCACACUGGAAAGGCCACACCAGUGCACCGAGUGCGGACGCUGCUUCCGGCAACGCUCCAUCCUGGCCAAGCAUGAAAAGAUCCACACAGGGGAGAAGCCCUACCUGUGCAUGGCUUGUGGGAAGCGGUUCAACCGAAGCUCAAACCUGGCACAGCAUCAGCGGGUGCACACAGGGGAGCGCCCCUUCCCAUGUUCAGCCUGUGGCAAGGCCUUCACCCAGAAGUCUGACCUAGAACGGCACCAGCGGGUGCACACGGGUGAGCGCCCCUAUGCCUGCCAGGACUGUGGCAAGUGCUUCUCAGUCAGCUCCCACCUUGACCGCCAUAGACGCACCCACCAACACAAUUACCCAGAGGAGCCCCCGGCAGCCAAUGUAGCUCCAGUGGUUGCUCACCGCUGUCCCGAUUGUGGGAAGUGUUUUGGACAACGGUCUGCACUCUCAAAACACCGUAAGACCCACUCUGGGGAGCGCCCUUACCUUUGCAAUGCUUGUGGCAAACGUUUCAGCCGGAGCUCCAACCUCGCUCAGCACCAGCGCAUUCACACCGGGGAGCGACCCUUCCCUUGCAGUGACUGUGGGAAGCGGUUCAUCCAACGUUCUGACCUGGAGCGGCACCAGCGGGUCCACACAGGUGAGCGCCCCUACACCUGUGCACAGUGUGGCCGGGGCUUCUCAGUCAGUUCCCACCUUGACCGGCACCAGAGAGUCCACCAAGCCCAGGCUGCAGCAGCUGCUGCCCACCGUUGCCCUGAACACGUUAAAGGAUUUCUCCUCAGCGUGGGAGGUAAGCAGGUUCUUAAGCACCAGCUGUACAGUGGCAAGGGACGCCUUAUGCGUAGUGGUCACUGCUUGGACUGUGGCAAGAAUCUAGGUAAAAUCCCCUCUCAGCCUCCAGUGCCACCGGCAGAGAAGUCCUUCAAGUGUGACAAUUGUGGGAAGGCUUUUGCCCAGCGCUCGGCCCUGGUAAAGCACCAGCGCAUCCACACCGGGGAGAAGCCUUUUUCCUGCUCAGACUGUGGUAAGGCCUUCAUCCAGAAGUCAGACUUGACAAUCCACCGGCGCAUGCACACUGGGGAGAAGCCCUAUCGCUGUGACACCUGUGGGAAGUGCUUUAGUGUCAGCUCCAACCUUCUGACCCACCAGCGCACUCACUUGGGUGAGAAGCCCUAUGCCUGUGGGGAGUGUGGCAAGGCCUUCAUCCAACGCUCAGAGCUCACCAUCCACCAGCGUACUCACACAGGGGAGAAGCCCUAUAAGUGCAGUAUCUGUGGCAAGUGCUUCAGCCGCAGCUCCCACCUCAACCGCCACCAGCGCACCCAUGGCAAUGACAAGGCCUCUGUUGGCUCUGGGGCAGCCCCUGCCACGUUGCUUGCCACCCACACUGCCAAACCUGCCACCUCCCUGCCUGCCUCUGCCUUCUCAGCCUCUUUUACCUCACCCAGUCCUCUCCCAGCUUUGCCUUCUUUCCCCUCUUCUCCAUCUCCCCUACCCAUCCCUUCUUUGGACCUUCCCUGGUCCCUGCCAUUUUCAUCACGUGGCUUUUCCCAUCCAGUUUUCCCUUCUGCUCCAAGUGGGGUCCAGGCUUCUUCUCUAAUAAACUAGUGUCUUUCUACUCUCUAUGUCCUGUCUGGUGCCCCCUUUUUAUUUUAAUUUCACUGCCCUCCCUAAAUUCAUUUUGAUUUCCCUUUGUCAUUCUAGUUUCCUAGAAAAUGUGCCCCACCAUGUGCUUCCUCUCUGUCCUUGGUUGUGAUUUGCCUCAGCCACUUAUGCAGAAUUUAUAUGAAACAUUAAUUUGGUGAGCACCAAGCAUGCUUCCUUCUUGUUGAUGGCUACUUCACAUGUGGUGGAAAUUAGGGUUGCCAUGUGUCCCAGAAAACCUAAAAAAUUCCACAUUGAAGGGACUAAAAAAAUGUCCCAGGGCAAUGGGUAGGUUAAAAUAUAGCAGUGGUGAUGAAGCAGGAAACUGUGCAAGAAGACUGGCACUGGUGGGAGCCUCAUCCUGCUCUGCAGGCUCUGGUUGCUACUCCACAGGCAUAGCAUUGCCAUCUUAUUCCUCCAUUCCCUCCCUGCUUCCGCUGACAGAGAUGGCCUUGUGUGGCGAUUGUGUCAGUGAGUUGAGCCUAGGGCUAAGCAGCAUGGUGGAAUUUCACUUCCAAGCAGCUUUGAGUGAGUAAUGGGAGUCUCUUUACUCUCUGGAGCUACUUUGAAUCCUCCCUCUCUUCACACCAGCUAGGGAGAAAAAAGGUAUUGGUACUAAGUUUGAAACGCAAUUGUAGAAAAAGUGCAGUGAUUAAUGUACUGAAUUUGCAUAAUCAGAAAGCAAAUUAAUAAUGCACAUAAUUCUAAUAAUUUGCAUUAUAUGCAGAUUAAAUGUCCAGAUAGGAGGGACUGGAAUAUGGCAACCCUAUAUAGAAUCACCUUGAUACCACAGACAGCCACAUGGGGGCAAGGUCUGUAAUUGGAACCUGGGGGUUGAGUUACAUUAGCCUUCCCUAGUCUGUAGCCCUCAAGAUGUGUUAGAUUGCAACAUCCUUGGUCCCCAGUCAACAUGGAUGUGUUAGGAUUAUGAACAUCGCAAUCUGACACAUCUGGAGGGCAUUACCUGUAUGUGCAAGGAGGUCUCAGUGAAAUGAUGGGCUGCAGGUCCCUCGGAAAGUUAUUGAAGUGCUGCACCUCCCAUGAUCCCUCCCCACUAGCUAUGCUGAUUGCAUUUGCAGUGUAACAUCUGGAGGGACUCAGAUCCUUCAGUCCUGUUCUUUUGUCACCAAACUCUUAUCUUGAUUGUCUCAGUCCUCUCAUUUCCAAGAAUGGCUUGAUGUAGAUGAGCUACCCACAGUUAUUUUCAUCCCUCAUUUGUGGUCAAGGUGACCGUAAACUUUUUUGUGAGGUGUUCUGACCCAAAAAGGGGAGUGUUGCACAGAAACAUGUUAAAAAGCAGUCGAUGUGUAUUCAAGUUAUACCUCUCAGUCCAAAGUGGUGAUUCUAACAGGCUUCACCUGAAAUUAUUCUUCCAGAUGACUCUUAAUCUGGAAUAAGAGGAUGGGAUCUAUCAAGUACCUUCUGGCAUUACAGGACAACAGUCAAAGGAUGAGAAUGUACUUGCUUAUUAUUAUUAUUAUGCUUUAUUUAUAUAGCGCUGUAGAUUUACACAGAGCUGUACAUACAAACAAUAAAAUAGAUAAGAGUAAACCUGC